AUGGCUUCUAAAUCGCAAAUUCCGUACGAAGUUCGCGGGCGGGACCAUCCCAACCCGCUCGCACGCCGCCUCUUCCAGAUCGCAGCAGAAAAGCAAUCGAAUGUCGUGGUUUCGGCGGAUGUCACGACGACGCAAGAGCUUUUAGACUUGGCCGACAAACUCGGCCCCUACAUGGUAGUCCUAAAAACACAUAUUGACAUCCUCUCCGACUUCUCCUCCGAAACCAUCGCCGGCCUCCAAUCCCUGUCCCAAAAACACAACUUCCUCAUCUUCGAAGACCGAAAGUUCGUCGAUAUCGGAAACACGGUGCAAAAGCAGUAUCAUGGCGGUGCAUUGCAGAUCUCACAAUGGGCGCAUAUCGUCAAUGCCACCAUGCUUCCCGGCCCAGGGAUCAUAGACGCGCUGGCACAGGUGGCUUCAGCGCCGGACUUUCCCCAUGCGGCGCACAGAGGGCUCUUGAUCCUCGCAGAAAUGACGUCGAAGGGCAGCCUGGCCACCGGCAAAUACACGGAGCUUUCGGUGGAGAUGGCGCGGAAAUAUAGGGGCUUUGUUCUGGGGUUUGUGGCUACGAGAUCUCUGGCGGAUGUGGACACGGCUGGCAAAGCGGAGGAUGAGGAUUUUGUGCUUUUCACGACGGGGGUUAAUCUUGCCUCAAAGGGCGAUGCGUUGGGGCAGCAAUAUCAGACUCCGGAAUCAGCUAUCGCAGGUGGAGCGGAUUUCAUCAUUAGCGGUCGUGGGAUAUAUGCCGCCCCUGAUCCGGUUGAGGCUGCGCGGCAAUAUCAGAGCGCCGGUUGGAACGCUUACUUGCAAAGAGUGCGGAAAUGA